AUGACCACCCUAGAAAUGCGUCAUCCACAAAUGCCAGUCCUCGCAGGCACAUUCGGUUCCCUCAUUGUCAUGUCCAUCCUAUCCGCAGCAAUGGGCCACCUGCUCCCCACACUCAUACCAUGGAAAUGGACACAAAGAGCAGCAUCUGUGCUGUUCCUGGUGCUCAGCAUGAAAAUGUUCAUAGAAGCGAGGGGUAUGAAGGCAUGGAACAUAAAGCCAAGGGGGUGGCGGAACGCGGAAUUUACAUAUACAGUCGCAAGAAGAAUUAAGGCCCUAGUGCUCAACCCCCCCCUCCCUUCACCCCCCAAAUCCGCCGUCACCUCCGAACGUCGUUUACCAAUGACAGCGAUGACCUUCUGGGUUCUCCACGCUCAUCGAACUCGUCGACUUGCCUGGCGCCAUUCCAACCACCUAUGCGCCCGACAUCGACUCCAUCACCUUCAGGGUGUCAUGCCCAGGAAAUGUCUGUAA